GAGCAACAAUCCUAAGGCAGGUUAUGAAGAAGUGUCUGAAAAGCUUGUGAGUUAUUGUGAAGGGCAUCCAAUGGCUCUUAAAUUAUUGGGCAGGUCUCUAUACAAUCGAGAUGUAAAUUAUUGGGAGGGGUACAUAGACAGGCUGAAGAAAGAAAAUGAUUCCCCUAUAUAUAAUGUCUUGAAAAUGAGCUUUGACUCUUUGCCAUCAGAAAAUGAUAAGGAGUUGUUUAAACAUAUUGCAUGUAUUUUUGUCAGAAUGGACAGAAAUGUUGCUAUAACAAUAUUAGAGGCAUGCAAUAUUGAAACAAAAACCGGGAUCACGAAUCUCAUUGACAGAUGCCUUCUUAGGAUUGGACGAAAUAAUGAAUUGAUGAUGCAUCAGCUUGUUCAAGAGAUGGGAAGAUUUGUAGUACGUCAAGAAUCACUUUACAAACCGUGGGAACGAAGUCGAUUAUGGGGUCAUGAGUCAUUUAGAGUGUUGAAACAAAAAAUGUAAGAGCCAUGUACACUUGUUUAAAGCAUGCAUGUUGCAUUUCUAUAUACAUGUCUGUAAUAUUUUUAAGUAUUUUUGAAUCCACUUUUUCUUAGGGUACGGAAAAUGUUGUUGGUCUCACUAUUGACAUGAGAAUGCUUAAGAAAGAGAAGUUGCAUGGAUCAGUCGAGUUGAAAACAAAUGUAUUUGGUAACAUGUAUAGGCUAAUGCUGCUACAACUCAACUACGUACAAAUGACUGGCUCUUACAAGAAUUUUCCUGAGGAAUUAAGAUGGUUGUGUAUGCAUGGGUUCCCUUUGAAAUCUAUACCUUCAGAAUUACCGAUGGAGAAUUUGGUUUCUCUUGACAUGUCGUAUAGCAAGAUUGAAUCAUUUGGGAUUCAUUAUAGCUAUCCACAACGACUUCAUAAGAGGCUAAAGCAAUUGAUUGGAUCAUGCUCAAAAGACAAAAGGUUGCUUGGAUCGUUGAAAAUUCUUAAUUUGAGUUUCUGUGAACAGCUUCAUAGUCUUAGUGGCUUUGACCACCUCCCUUCACUUGAGAGGUUAAUACUUAAAGGUUGCAUUGGUUUGCUUGAGGUUUGUCUAUCAGUUGAGCAAUGUCUUGAACUUAUCCUUGUUGAUCUGAGCUAUUGCAACAAGCUUGAAAAACUACCAAGAAUCAUAGGCAUGUUAAAAAGAGUUAAAAAACUAUUUCUAAAUGGUUGUUAUCUCGGUGAAUCUCAAAUCAAGAUUAGGGAUAUGGAUUCAACAGAAAAGUUCAAGGCUAACAGCACUGGUGUAAACACUAAAAUGGAUUCCUCCGCUAUUCUCGAGGUUAUACCAAGUGAUUUGAGGUUCUUUACAGUUUCUUUACCAAGAUCUUUAGUAAGCUUGUCACUUAAGGAUAAUAAUUUGUCCACAGAAUCCUUUCCGAUGGACUUCAGUUGCCUGUCCAUGUUAAAGGAAUUAUAUUUAGAUGAAAAUCCUAUAGUUUCCUUGCCCAAUUGUGUGAGAAGCCUUCCUAGGCUUGAGACACUUAGUAUGGUAAAGUGUAAUAUGCUGACAUCAGUCGAACAUCCUCCACACACACUAACUUUUAUGAAACUAUAUUUUGAUUCUAAAAGGCCUUCGCUACGAAAAGUUAUAUUUCACCCACAAAUGUCCCCACUCGAUUUCUUUAUGGACUGGAAGAUGUUAGCACCUUCUUCAUUUGAAAUUGAAGGCAUUGUUAAAACCCAACCAAUGGAAAGUGUCGAGGAAAAGGUAUUAUGUAGAUUGGGCUGGACUAAGCUAGACUCUCAUAAUGAUAGGUGCGUGGUAACAUGUACAGGCUACAGAGGAAGAGAGGAAUGUGAAAUGCAGAUGUAUUAUGAAUUUGGAAUAUUCAGCACAAUUUAUGGAGGCCAAGAGAUGCCGAGCUGGAUUACGGAUAGAAGCACAGGGCCAUCAAUAUCAUUUACCAUACCAUCAUCCCCUAACAAACUCACUGGAUUGAAUUUCUGCUUUGUGCAGACGCCUCUAUAUCUCUCUGAGUCCUUUUAUCUGCCCUUGAUCAAAAUUAGUAAUAUAACAAAAAACCUCACCUGGAUAUACCAACAUUACCUUGACGUAGUCUAUCUCGGUGGAAAGUGUUUGACGUUGUUAAGCCAUUGGAUGUUUGGGUCGAAUGAAAUGGAAUGUGGUGACCACGUUACUAUUACUAUUACCCAAAGGAAGGUUCCAGAUGGUGAUGCAGUUACAAAGGAGUGUGAGGUGAGUUUUGUGUAUGAUGAUGGAGAGAACAAGGUAGAAGAAGAUGUGUUGGGUUAUUACAAGUCAUGGAAUCACAUCAUUGGUGGAGAUUUCACUGGAUUUCAGUCAACAACAGGAGAAUACAUCCUAAAGAAAAGUCGAAUUCUGCGGCCUUACAUUGAUACGUAUCUACUAAAUUCUGGCAAUCUUAGUGAAGAGGGAGCCCGCUUAAUUAAAGAUAAGCAAGUCUACUUCAAAGCUUUGUCUCAAAGGAAGUCUGCAGUAAUGGAGGAUGGCCCUUAAGGUCUAAACAUUUAGGACAUUGCAUAAGAGGAUCAUCUUGAAGGGGAAGAAGAUGAAAUGGAUGGCUGACUUCAAUAUUGAUGAAACAAUUAUGAACAACGAAAAACAAAUGGCAAUCUUGGAUGCUCUCUUUAUAACCAAAUGCCUUUGGUUUCCUAUUUUUUUUGAUCUUUAGAGCAUAUCAUGCCACAUGCAUAACAUGGUCAACGAAAUUGGUAUGUUUCAGUUGACUUUUUCCCAAAUUUAGUACCAGGUGUUAAUUUAUCUGGUUGAAGCAUAACUUGGUUUAUUUACUGUUCAUAAUUUGGUUUUUUACUUCAAAUAAAUUUGAUGACGAGGAUGUAACGUUUAUGUGUUGUGUGUCUGAUCUCAGGUUAUUUUCAUACACAUUUAACUUAGUUGUUGUCUUGAGGUCAUUUUGAGCCAUUUAUGGUUCUUAUUGGCACUAAUCAAUUAUUUUGUAACGCCCUGUUCUAAAUUGGCUCCUAGUCUGAGGUUGUGGCCCGAAGGCCGGUCUUCAUAAGGAUUAUGGUUUUUGAAAGGCUAAGAUCUAGGCCAUUUUGGGUGCGAGUGAUGUAUCAGGAGCGAUCCGGAUGUUCGGUUUGUGUUUUGCAGCAUAGGGGUAUUUUGAUAAAGUGUCAGUUUGGGCUUUUGUGGAAAAUGGACUUUUGUUCGGAAGGUCUUAAGGAAGAUCUGAGUUGAUAGAAGCGUAGGGCUUCUCGUUACCUUUUCAUGGAUAUAAGGAUCGUCGAAAACGGAUUUAUAACGAAGAAGUUAUGGCCUUCAAAAGUUUAGUAGUUUCAGGCUUAGCCGAGUAUGCUGGGCAUACACAAAGAGUACGCUCAUCGUACUUUUAGAGUACGUUGGGCGUACUAACCAAAAUGGUAGUGAAUGUUCUUUGGAGUAUGUUGGGCGUACCAUAUGAACGCUGGGCGUACGCCAAUUAGACCCAAACCCUAUUUUAGGGUCUUGGACCCUAUUUAAGUUCCUUAUCUCAUAACCUUACCCUAAUACCUUCAGCCUCCAUCCCUCAAAACCCUUGCAAUCGACCCUUAGCCCACAUUUGAGUGA